UUGACCGCCUGUUUGAGACAAAGGCGCAUCCUGCGAGCGGCCCAUAUAGAUGUGUUUUUUAUGACCUCAACAGUACGCCCGUGCCGGUGGACAUUGACGACCGUGUUCCUGUGGAUGCAAACAUGGAGCCGAAGUUUACACGGGUUCCAAAGCGGUCGUGGUAUCCGCUCCUGCUGGAGAAGGCCUACGCGAAGUUUGUUGGUGGGUACUCCCGGCUUGACCAGUGCACACCACAUGAAACGCUGCGGGACCUGACAGGCCGCCCGGUGACGCACAUUCCGUUUGAGGAGAGGCUGGCGGAGGCCGCCAACACCGGCGAUUUCAAGUCCGUGAAGUUCUGGGCCGGUGUGGCGAAGGACCUCGAGCGUGGCGACGUCAUUACGUGCAUGUCUAACGUGGAUGCCGGGGACGGCAUUCACCCGGUGUGCAGCUACGCCCUCCUGGCAGUCAUUCCAACGGUUGGGGAGUCAAAUGAUCCGGCCGACAUUGUAGUGAGGCUGCACAACUGCUACUUUGACGCGCCGACCUACACCGGCCCGCUCAACCGCGAGGACCCACGCUGGGAUGAGGCGCUGCGGCACGUGUGUGGCUUCGAUCCGUCCCGUGAGGAGCAUUUGUUCCUGCCUCUUCCGACGUUUUUGAAUAACUUCUCGAGCAUGCAGCGCUGCCACAUUAACUGCGGCGACCGCCUCACCGCCGCGGGCAAGUGGACGAAGAAGACCUCUGGUGGCAAUCCAAUGUUCACGUCCUUCCGAAGCAAUCCGAUUUAUUUGGUGGAGAAUAAAUCGACGCGUCCGGUGCGGAUCCUGGCCGAGUUGCGACACCAAGCGCCAUCCUAUACAGACAGUGACGGUUUGAAUCACUAUCACCAGACAGGUUUGGCUUCGUUACAAUCCGUACAGGCGAAGACACCACCGACCCCGCUCAUCACGAAUAACACGCACCGCUUCAUUGAAAAGGGCAUGAUGCUGGAUGCGAGGGAGGUGUGCUCGGAAAUGGAGCUUCCACCCAACACGACGUGCUACCUUGUGCCGUACACCAUGAAGCGUGGCUGUCAUGGCAAGUUUAACGUUUCUGUCUAUCAUGGUAUGGCUAACGUGACGCUGACCCCGUUGCGUAACGCCGGUCUCACUCAUGAGCCAGUUACCGCCAACUUUGUGCUUAGGACCGGUGCGCAAAGGUCUGCCUCGGUGCAUUUGCAAGUUAGUGAUGCAUGUGAUGUGCACGCUCUGCUGGUGCAGCUUAACUCGGGUGCGGCACCGGGUAGCAUUGGUGAUUGUCGCGCCGAGGAUGCGCUGAGGUUGACGGCAUUUGACAGUUCUGGUAUUAAAGUGGCGUCCUCAGGAGACGCGACGAAUGCCCGUGAACAGGCGUUGGUUUUGCAGCUGCCCAAACCAGGUGUUUGGACCUUUGUGGCGGAGCGGGUGAACCGCAAUGUGGGCGGUGACUGUCUGUGCAUGCUGAAGUUCUUUACCCCGACGAAGAUAUUGGCAAAAAUUGUAUCUGUGCCCUCCUCCAACGCCACACCGAGCAAGGCGGCGAGACCCGGCCUUGCGAUGACGCCGCGCAGUUUGGGUGUUGUAAACGGCGACGACGCCGUCCAUCGAACGUCGCGUGCCUUCUCGGAGUAUUUGCCGGUGGCGCGACUUCCGUCACCGGAAUUGUCUGCUCACGCCAUCGAGGCGGCCGGUCCGCAGAAUUUGGACAUAUGA